GAAUGGACACGAAGUUUUUAUUCAUAUUCUAGAUAUGAAAGAAAUAUGAAAAAUGUUUUUUUUUCUUUAAAUAAUGAACAUUUUUUAAGAAAAUAUUCAGAAAAAAGUGAAAAAAAAAAUGAAAAUGGCGAAUCUUUAGAAUAUGAAAAUACUAAAAAAUUACCAUCUAUGGAAGAAUCUAAGAUUCCUACAGGUCAAAUAGAAAGAUUGUAUCAUUUUGGAAGUCUAUUUGUUGGUUUAGGAAUUGGUGCAUUACAAGAAGGUUUUCAGCGUCUUUAUAACAAGAGUGAAAAUACUUCAUUUAUUAUGAAUAAAUCUAAUAUUAAUCGAUUGGUUGCUAAACUAUCUAAGAUGCGUGGUGCUGCAUUGAAAGUUGGCCAAAUAAUUAGUUUCCAAGACAUUGAAAUGCUCCCUACAGCAUUGCAUGAGAUUUUGAUAAAAUUGCAAAAUCAUGCAAAUUGCAUGCCAAUGGAUCAAAUGGAAGAAGUUAUGACAAAAGAAUUUACUAAAGAUUGGAGAAAUCUUUUUUCCGAAUUUAAUGAAACACCUAUAGCAGCAGCAUCUAUUGGUCAAGUACAUUCAGCAAUUUUAAAAUUAUCUUCUCUUCCAGUUGUUGUUAAAAUCCAAUAUCCUGGAAUUAAAGAAUCAAUAGAUUCUGACUUGAACAAUUUAGAAAUCUUACUUAUUGCAUCAGGAUUUUUUCCAAAAGGUUUAUUUCUUGAUAAAAUUAUUGAUUCUGCUAGAAAAGAAUUGAUUUUAGAAUGUGAUUAUAGAAGAGAAGCAAACUCUAUGAAACAUUUUCAAGAACUUUUUAAAAAUAAUGAAACAUUUAUUAUUCCAAAAGUAAUACCAGAAAUUACUAGUGAACAUGUUUUAACAAUGGAAUAUUUACCAGGAAAAAGUUUAGCUGAAGUAAAUGAAGUUGAUCAAAAAACAAAAAAUUGGCUUGGAACAUCAUUGUUCAAAUUAUGUCUUCAAGAAAUUAUUGAAUUCAAAUAUAUGCAAACUGAUCCAAAUUGGAGCAACUUUUUGUUUGAUGAAAACUCUAGAAAGGAAUUUUUAAUAUAUAUUCAUUGGAAAUAUUUUUAACAUUAAAUAGAUUGGAUUACUUGAUUUUGGUGCUUCUCGCUCGUUUAAUAUAGACUUUAUCAAUAAUUAUAUUUCAAUACUCAAAGCAGCUGCAGAACGUGAUAGAGAUGCAUGUUAUGAUCUUUCUGUUAAAUUAGGAUAUCUUACAGGCGAAGAAUCCCAGGCGAUGUUAAAUGCACAUAUUAACUCUAUUUUAACGUUAGCUGAACCAUUUUGUUAUAAUGCACCUGAUAUUUAUGACUUCUCUAAACAAACAAUUACAGAAAGAAUAAAAAGAACUAUUCCAUUAAUGAUUCAACAAAGAUUAACACCACCUCCUCAAGAAACAUAUUCCUUACAUAGAAAAUUAAGCGGUCAAUUCCUUCUUUGUAGGAAACUUGGUGCUCAGAUAGAAUGCAAAAAAAUAUUUAGGGAAAUACUAAAAGAAAAUGGAUAUGCUUAAAUAUAAAGGUUUAUGUUAAAUUAAUAUUCAUGCAUAGUACCA